ACAGUGACUCCCAGAAAAUGAUUUUGAUUUUCCAAUUCAAUUUUCAAAGGUUUUACUAUGGCUUUAGAGCUUAUUAAUUAAAACCCUUUUGGGAAUUGGUACGUCUUUCUUGAUUGGGGAAAAAGAACGAAUUUUGAAGAAGAAGAAAAUUCAUAGAAAUAGAAACCAAUAGAUUCCCAAAAAAACGGAAUAAAUAUCCAAAGAUUGAAAUGGGUAAGAUUUGGAGAGUGAAUUCCCUGAACAAAGCGGUGAAGACUCUUAGAUAUCUCCAGGAAUCCUCCUUCUCAACUGCCGUUAUCAGCCAGCAUUCUUCUUCCACUCUGCGCCUCUUUUCUCCACCGUUCGCCACCACCGUGCGUCAUCUUCGCGCUGGUCGCGACCCUGGCAUCAGGUACGAGGCUGCACCUCCAGUAAAUUGGGGAAUCCGUAUAGUACCGGAGAAGAAAGCUUACGUGAUAGAAAGGUUCGGGAAAUACUUAAAAACGCUGCCGUCUGGUAUACAUUUCCUUAUCCCAUUCGUGGAUCGAAUUGCCUACGUUCAUUCCCUUAAGGAAGAGGCUAUUCCUAUCCCGGACCAAUCCGCUAUUACCAAAGACAAUGUCAGCAUUCUCAUUGAUGGCGUUCUGUAUGUUAAGAUUGUUGACCCCAAGCUUGCUUCUUAUGGUGUUGAGAACCCAAUUUAUGCCGUCAUUCAGCUUGCUCAAACAACCAUGCGAAGCGAGCUUGGUAAAAUAACCCUCGACAAGACCUUCGAAGAAAGAGAUACUCUCAACGAAAAGAUUGUGGAGUCCAUCAAUGUGGCUGCAAGAGACUGGGGCCUUCAAUGUCUCCGUUAUGAGAUAAGGGAUAUAUCUCCACCUCGGGGAGUGAGGGCAGCUAUGGAGAUGCAAGCAGAAGCAGAGCGUAAAAGGAGAGCUCAAGUUCUUGAAUCUGAAGGAGAAAGACAGGCCGACAUAAAUAUUGCUGAUGGUAGGAAAAGUUCUGUGAUCUUAGCAUCUGAAGCAGCAAGAAUGGAUCAGGUUAACCGAGCACAAGGUGAAGCUGAAGCCAUCCUUGCUAGAGCCCAAGCUACAGCCAAAGGAAUUGCCUUGGUGUCGCAGUCCUUGAAGGAAAAUGGGGGAGUUGAGGCAGCAAGUUUGAGGAUUGCGGAGCAGUAUGUUCAAGCAUUCAGUAACAUUGCCAAGGAGGGUACAACAAUGUUGCUUCCUAGUUCUACAGCAAACCCUUCAAACAUGAUUGCCCAAGCUCUCACCAUGUACAAAAGCCUGGUAAAAAAUGCUUCUACAGAUGGUUCUCAUGCAAAAGAUUCUCCUUCGGAAGAGCCUGAAGGUGAAACUCGAGACCUCCCUACAUCUGUGGAAGCGAGGGACACAAGUCAUGAUGAUCAACCGGGAUUUUCACUUCAGAGCUCCAAGAAAAAAGAAUAGAAACCAAAUUUACCAAAUUUUUAUCGCUUGUAUGGAGACUACUUUGAUACUAGUUAAGAGGUUCUGAAUAUUUCAGAAGGAAAAAUGUAAGGGAUUUAGGGAAAUUUAGAAUUGAUAAAAGGAUGCUCAUUCAUCUGGCAAGACAUUAGGACUGCCAUGUAAUACAGGCUGGUGUUAUCUUUUCCAGCCUCGAGAAUCAAACUAAAAUGUUGAAAAUAGUUCUCAAGAA